ACUAGAGGCAGUGACUUAAUGGUUUUGCUCAUUGACUCAUUAUAGAAGAAACCUGGUGGUACAGAGACUGAGGAGUUUAAUGGUCAUGACUCUCAUGGAGCUGCAGGUGAAGAAGAAGGAAAACUGAAUUUAAACCUGCAGUGAACACAGAUCUCCUUCAGAGCCAUCAGACAAGCUGAAUUCAGAAGUUUCCAUCUGAAGGAGCUGCGGUUGAAGGGAGAAGAUGAUCUGCAGGAUCCUGCUGCUCAUCAUCCUCAACUCAUGUCUCUGUGCAACAUUUGUAGUGAAUGUGACACAGAGCUCCUAUCAGGCAGAGGAGAACCACAGCAUCACUCUGGAGUGGACCUUCACCACCACACCUGAUCGAUCCUGGAGAUAUCUGUUCAUCCUCUGUCAACUCUUAGCUUCUGACAAAGGAAUAAUCCUGUAUCAGGUCCAUGAUGGUGUCGAGGUGUCAGAGUCUCAGGAUGAACAGUUUUCAGGACGAGUCCAGAGUGACAAAGACGUCCUCAGAGAAGGACGAAUCAGACUCCAUGUGUCCAGACUGAGGACUGAAGACUCUGGUCUGUAUCUGUGUGAUGUGGAGACUAAUGAUGGUUCUGGUUCUGGAUCCCUUCAACUGAGCAUAUCUGUUCAGAAAAACAUCGCAGCUGUACCUGGAAAGAACGUCUCUCUGCCAUGUCAAAUCCCCAACAAGAAACCUGAUGUCUUUGUAAAGUGGACCCGACCUGAUCUAGAGCCAGAAUAUGUCUUCCUGUUCAGAGAUGAUCAGCUGGAUCCAGAACUCCAGAAUCCAUCUUAUCAGAACCGGGUGGACCUGCAGGACAGACAGAUGAAGGAUGGAGACGUGUCUUUGGUUCUGGAGAACGUGACGCCAAACGACAGAGGAACAUACGAGUGUCGAGUUUUUCAGAGGGCAGCAAACCGAAGGAAGAGACGCUCCUUGACCUUUGACCCCAUCGCUGUCAUCUUCCUUGAUGUAGCUCCUCCUCCAGAGAACAUGAAGGGACGCACCGAGGAUGGAAGCAGUCAUCAACGUGCUGGACUGAUGGCUGUAGCUGGACUGAUUAUCACAGUAGCUGUUGGAGUAGUUGUCAUUAAUAAGUAUUCCUCAUUUUUAAAGAAGUAGAUUGUAGGGGCUAAGCCGACGCUUAAAGCCACCAGGUUGCUUUCAAACCGGAAUCUUAUGGUUGAUGCACAUUUGCCUUUUCUGGUGAAACACACACCAGUGGCUUUAAGCUUCAGCUUAGCCCCUACAAAGAAUCAAUCAAUCAAUCAAUCAAU